ACUUUAUUUUCCAAAAAUCUAUAUCCCAUUAUAUGUGGGCUUUGGCUCUUCUUGGAAUGGUCUAUAUAACAUGGGACUUAGCUGCCCAUCUCCUUUGUAGCAUCUCCUAGAGAGCCUUUUGGGAGGGGUGAUAACAAUGUCUGAAAAGAGGGGAUCCAACAAAUAUGAGGAGGACAAGAUGGAGCUCAGGAGGGGGCCUUGGACUCUCGAGGAGGACGCCCUCCUCAUCCACUACAUUGCUUGCCAUGGCGAAGGCCGGUGGAAUCUCCUCGCUAAGUGCUCGGGCUUGAAGAGAACAGGUAAGAGUUGCAGGCUUAGGUGGCUGAAUUACUUAAAACCAGAUGUAAAACGCGGCAACCUCUCUCCGGAGGAGCAGUUCUUGAUCCUUGAACUCCAUUCCAAGUGGGGAAACCGUUGGUCCAGGAUUGCGCAACAUCUACCAGGGAGGACCGACAACGAGAUCAAGAACUAUUGGAGAACCCGGGUUCAGAAGCAAGCAAGGCAGCUCAAGAUCGACGCCAACAGCAGCAUGUUCAGAGACGCUGUCCGUUGCUACUGGAUGCCGAGAUUGCUCGAGAACAUGGGUUCAUCUCAAUCCAUGCCAUCUCUAGUAGACUCCAAUGCUACGACCACCGCCGGUAUGAUGGAGCAAACUCCGCAUGGGCCUCCCCACCAGUUCUCGAAUCCACCCAUGCACCGCCCAUUUGAGAGCUGCAGCUCCUACGAGCCGCCGGGCUCCGAGAAUCACAGUCCCAGCACCUCCUCCCGCUCGAUGGCGCUGCCCCAACUCCCAAACUUGUCCGAAUUCUCAUCGGGCCAUCCCGAUAAUUACAGCGGUCUCUCCUUCAAUCCAUUCAUGACCGGCCACUUCGUUAACAAUAGUUACGGCCUAGACGCUAUGGAUCUAGACCCAGUAGUGUCGGCAGCGCAGCUUGGCUUUUCAGUCUCAGACUACACCAUGGCUGACAAUAAUUGCGUCGACAACAUUGGUGAUGCCUUGUGGAACAUGGAUGAGUUAUGGUAUGCAAGAAAGCUAAAUGAGUGGGGUGGAAUCUAGGUCCCUUGUAAAAUUUUCCAUUGCGAGUGUAAGUGCAAGCUUAUUUUUGCGUGUAUGUGUGCUUUUGGAAUUUGAAUGAAAGUCGUUUUCUCCA